CGGCCCCAGGAGGCAGGAGGUGACAGCGCCUGCGCGGAUGGCGUCCCCCCCACGUGCCGGGAGCGUAGCCGGUGAUUGGCGCGGCCGCGGCCCUGGCCCCGCGGGACGGCCCGGCCGGACAUGGGCGAAGGGGAGGCGGAUUCGGUACCGGCGGCAGAGAAGAAAGGGGUGGAGGAGGAGGAGGAUGAUUUCGGCUACCGGCUCUUCCCGGACCGGAAUAAGAAGCCGCAGAGCUUCCUGGUCCGCAGCCUCUUCACCUUCCACAAUAAAUGCCAGCUGAUGCUGAGGUUGACCCUGGAAACGAAUCCAUAUGCUCGACUUCUCCUUGAGGCUCUGAAGCAAUCUGGUUGCACUGUCUUCAAUGACCGGCACUUCUCUUGUGAGAACUGUGAUGGCUGUGUCGGUGGAGGUUUUGAUGCUGCCACAUCUCAGAUUGUUCUGUGUCAGAAUAACAUUCGCCGGCAAUCCCAUAUGAACCGUGUGGUCACACAUGAAUUGAUUCAUGCAUUUGAUCACUGCCGCGCACAUGUUGACUGGUUUAAAAAUGUCAAACAUUUAGCAUGUUCAGAGAUUCGAGCUGCUAAUCUCAGUGGAGACUGUACUUUGAUGAAUGAAAUAGCCAGAUUUAAAUUUGGACUGAAAGGGCACCAUCAGACUUGUGUACGAGACAGAGCAAUUCGUUCCAUUCUGGCUGUUAGAAAAGUUAGCAAAGAAAUGGCAGAAAAAGCUGUGGAUGAAGUUUUUGAUGCCUGCUUCAAUGAUCUGGAACCUUUUGGAAGAAUCCCACACAACAAAGCAGAUGCAAAACGUGCUUACAGAGACUUUCAGAACAGAGAUCGCUAUAGUGCUAAUUUGUAAAGGUGGGGGGCGGAACCACAUGAGAAAUUACCUUAAUACCUGAUUGUUCAGUAACGUCUGGAGUUAUAGUCUGUGCCCACAGUGCUGAUGGAAAGGACAAAUCUAUCAAAUGUCUUAAUUAAUUUUCUAGACAUUUUUCAUGAGCCAGCUUCCAUGGAAGUAAAUGGGGUAAAUGAACAAGACUAAAAACAGUGUUUCCUCACCACGUUAUUCCAGAAAGAUUAUGUAGUAUGCCAAAUGACUUGUCAAAUACAAUUCAAUGUGCUUUUAAUGUUUUCACUCUGAUUGACUAGGAUUUGGUUUCUGAAAAUUUUGUUGUCACUGAAUAAAUCUUUUCAUAAAAACUUUA